GGCUGAUGAUCUCGGGCUUUGCCCAGGCUGGGGCGGCCCUGGCCCAGCACGAGUACGUGAGCCGGGCUGCGCAGGCAGCUGCCUUCCUACGGAGGCACCUUUUCGACCCUGCCAGUGGGAGGUUGCUGCGGAGCUGCUACCGGGGCAAAGACAGCACGGUGGAGCAGAGCGCCGUGCCCAUCCAGGGCUUCCUGGAGGAUUACGUCUUUGUCAUCCAGGCUCUCUUUGACCUGUACGAAGCCUCACUGGAGCAGGGCUGGCUGGAGUGGGCCCUGCAGCUCCAGCACAUGCAAGACAAGCUCUUCUGGGACCCCAAAGGCUUUGCGUAUUUCUCCAGCGAGGCUGGCGAUCCCUCUCUGCUCCUGCGCCUGAAGGCUGACCAAGAUGGAGCAGAGCCCACCGCCAACUCCGUCACUGUCACAAACCUGCUCCGAGCGGCUUCUUACUCCGGCCACAUGGAAUGGGUGGAAAAAGCUGGGCAGAUCUUGGCCGCCUUCUCAGAGAGGCUGCAGAAGAUCCCCAUAACCCUGCCAGAGAUGGCCCGGGCCACCGCUGUCUUCCAUCACACCCUCAAACAGGUCGUUAUCUGCGGGGACCCCCAGGGAGAAGACACGAAGGAGAUGCUGCGCUGCGUCCACUCCGUCUUCACCCCAAACAAG